AAAGAACCAUAAAUAUAUGCAUAUAUGCAUAUUUUAAACAAGUUCUGCGUGCUGUAACCCAUUGUUUUAGUUAACAGUGACCUCAAAUGCCCAAAUGUAGCCGAACAAAGAAAGCAUCGCCGGCGUCAGCUGCGAAUUCAAGCGCCUUAGGCGGCCAUGGCGAAGCUAUUAUAGAGCUGGAUCCUAGCAUUGUGUACUUUACCUUCUCCCGAAUUCGGCCGUGCUUUUCAUGCGGGCGGACGAUCCAAAGCACCCUCGAGCAAUUUCAAUCUCAAAAGAUGCGGCCCACGGACCUCCCUUUGAUUUCCGUCUUCACGGACGGCACGCACUACUACAGCCAGAAUAACCGGAGGCUGUUCAUGUACAAGAAGCUUCGAGAAAUGGAUCUGCUUCACGUGAUUCCGGUGCGGGUUCGGGCGCUUCCUACAACCAAGCGCAUGGGAAACAAAUACACCCCUUCAAAAUGUUCCUUAACGGCAACUUUGAUACGUGAGAGGAAUAUCGGAACGAAUUCUACACAAACCCCAACGCACGUUGGUGGAAACUCCGAGGAUGAGAAGGAAAAGGAAAAGGAGGAGGAAUCGGAAGGUGUUUCUCCUUGCGGUAAAGCUUCGUUGGCUUCAUCGUCAAGCUCCUUUUCGCACACAACCGGUGAGGGAGCAGGGCUGAUGCAGGAAAAGGAGCAAAGCGCGCAUGAUGCUGAACUUAAUCGUGGAGGUGUAAAUGGUAGUUUGAUAACUAGAAAGCGGGAAAAGGCGAGGAUGAUAGAUGCUCGUGAGGAGGGAACAAACACCGGUAAACGGAAAGGAUAA